AUGUCGUCCGCGGUAAGCGUUUUGUGCGUUGCCGCCGUAGCCUUUGCCGGGCUUAGCCGCACACCUCAGGCCCACGCUGUCGUUGCGCCGACCACGGUUACCGGUAUCAGGAUGGCCGCGGUCAAGGCCGUGUCCAAGUGCGCCGGCGCCCCCAGCGUUACGGACUGUCUGUCGGACACGGCCGUAGCCGGCGUGCGAGCGCUGGCCGAGUCGUCGGAUCCCAUUGAGCUGGUGCCGGGCUACGUGACGCUGGUGAAGAACGACGACGACGCAGACGGCCGGCCAGAUGGACUCGACCUGAAGAGAAGUGCCGAUGACAUCAACGCGGUGUCCGGCCCGUCGUUCGUCGACUCCGCGAUGGCGUUUGUCAAGUCUCGGGCCAUCAGCCUCAAGGCGCCGGCCGACGUUUUGGAAUCGCUCAAAACCACCGUGAUGCAAGCGAGAGGCAAAAAAGACAAGUACGCCGGUCCGUUACUGAUGGGAGCUAUGAUGGUAGCCGGAACGCUGUUGCCGAUCAAACUGGGAGCUCUGGCCAUGAUGAGCGGCAAAGCCCUGAUGACCAGCGUCAUAGCCCUUAUGCUCGCCGCUAUACUUGCACUAAAGAAAUUGGCGUCAGGUGGUGGCGGUCACAGCGCCACGACCUAUGAAGUAAUCAACGUACCUUCGCACACCGGUCACGGACACGGACGGUCGUUAGCUCACAGUCUGGCCUACGGUAUACCGGUGAACGUAACGACAGCCGUUCCAGCGUAGUAGCUUUGUGUUAUUUAUUUUUUGACAAUUAUUGAUCAAUGUAAUUUUAUAUUAUUUAUUUAUUUAUUAAAAACCAUAACUAGUAUACGGAUUUAACCGAAUUCGAGCCAACUAAGAAGAAAUGUA